AAGAACGCAGUCCAACGGCAGCCUUCUCUCGGACUUUUUGACGGAAUUUUCACACGGAAUCUUCCAACACCCUUCGCCUUUCAAUUCGCUUACCUGUAAGCGGGACUUGGAGUCCGUUUAUGUUGUUGAAUUUCCCCGGAAUUUAUUCGACUCAAUGUAUAACAGAGUUGAUUGAAUUCUAGCUUGUGGUAGACGAUGGAUGCUGAAGCGGAGAAAGUCUAUGUUGCAGUCGGAAAUGAUAUCGAAGAUGGAUUUAGGACCUUGGAGUGGACGCUUAGAAAAUGGAAUUCUCAACAAAUCUCCGUCGUCGUUCUCCAUGUAACUGCCAACGUCUACCCAGAUUUUGUUUACACACCAUUUGGGAAACUACCUGCAAGUGUUGUAUCCGAGGAGAAACUAGAAAUUCUUCAGAAAUAUGAACGAGAAAAGAUUGAGAAGUUGCUUUCCAAUUAUAUAAAUUUCUGCGGCAAGGUGAAGUGUGAGAUAUUGAAAGUCGAGAAACAUGAUGAACCCAUACAGAGGCUCAUCCUAGAUUUGAUUUUUCGCCUCCAAAUAACCAAAUUAGUCAUGGGGUUCACAUUCAUGAAGUCCUCGUCGUGGAAAUCGAAGGGCAUGAUUAGUGGGUCGUUUUUCAUUCAUCAGCACAAGCCGGAUUUUUGCGAGUUUUACAUAAUUUGUGGAGGAAAGCAGGUGCUCCUUAGAGGACAAAAAGAUCAGGAAGAAAUCAUGGAGGACGAACAAGGAGGUACGGUUGCAAGAAUGAGAAAUAAGUCUUCUCUCAAAAGUUGGGUAGGGAGAUUGAUGUUCUCCGAUCAAACAAAUCCCCCAGAAAGAAAUUCUCGCUACUCACCUACUUCAUCAUCAAAUUUGGAACCACCCAGUUCACAAAAUCAGUGGGAGAUUCAUGUCCAAGAAAUUGAGAGUUAUUUCCAGCAGCUGUUGUCUUCAGAUUUGGAUGCAGAUGAUCCUGCCCAGGAGAAUGAGAGAUUCCAAGCUAGCCCAGCAGAAUCUGAGAACACUGAUUCCACCAUGAGUCCCGAAGAAAAAAUCGAAUCUCUAAGGAGUAAAAUUAGUCAAGUCCAGCAGGAAGUUGAGUUGAAGAGAAAAGAAGCCAAGGACAACCUUGGAAGGCAUGCAAAAGCUGAACGGGUCCUUUCUUUAUGCAUCCCACGGGCUGAAGAACUUGAAGCUUGGAUAAAAGAGGAGGUUAAGAAUCGAUCAGAGUUGGAGAAAAGAUUAGACGCAGAAAAGGAACACAUGAACGAAGUAAUAAUCGACAUUGAAGAAAGCAAGAAGAGGCUAAGUUCCAUGAUACAGCUCCAAACCGAGCUCUCGAACAAGCUGCAGAUUUCCACAUUGGCAAAGUCACAAGCCGAGGCCCAGCUGGAAAAGGCAGUGGUGACGAGGGCAGAGAUGGUGAAGGAAAUCGAGGAAUUUCGGAGACAAAGAGAUGUGUUCAACAGAAGGAUCGAGUUUUGCAAAGAAAAAGAUGCCAUUGGAAUGGUUUCAAAGCUUAAUGGAGUGAGCUGUGGUUACAGAGAGUACACGUCCGAGGAGAUCAGAUUAGCAACGGAUAACUUUUCGGAGAGUAAGAGAUUGAAAUCUGGAGGGGACUGGACGAAUGUGUAUAGAGGGCGUAUGAAGCAUGGCACAGUUGCAAUCAAGCUGCUGAGUUCGAGCUGUGAGCUAUUCGAUGCAGCUUUCCAAGCUAAGGUGGAUCUACUAGGCCAUCUUAGACACCCGCAUUUGGUAGCAAUGGUUGGCCUGUGCACAGAGUUAAAAUGCCUUGUGUUUGAAUACAUGCACAAUGGCAACUUAAGGGACAUCUUAUCUCCCUCCGGCAGAAGCUCUAGGAGAAGAAAUAAUCAGGUACUUCAAUGGCAUGACCGGAUCCGCAUUGCGAUCCAGGUUUGCUCGGGCCUGGGCUUCCUCCAUACGGCACAGCCCAAGCCCAUGAUUCAUGGACACCUCGCCCCCUCUAACAUACUCCUUGAUUACCAUCAUGUGGCAAAGAUUAGUGGUUAUGGGCUCUCACAAGCCCAUAAUGAAUGCGAGAAGUGGUUGGACAUUCGGGCUUUUGCCAUAAUGCUACAUCUUCUCACUGGGAGAAAUUGGGCUGAAUUAGUUGAGGAAACGCCGACAACGGAAAGGGCAGCCUCGGCCCAGUUUCUGGAUGAGAUGGUCGUAGAUUGGCCGUUGGGUGUGGCGGAGGAGUUUGCAGGCUUAGCAACGAGGUGCUUGUCCGUUAACCGUGAGCUCGAGACAGACCUAAGCAUUACAAGGGUAAUGGAACAGCUAAAUAAGAUUAAGAACAAGGCAAAUGAUGUAAUGGAAAGAGGAGAAUCUGAGGCAGUGAUGAAUGGAGGUGUUGAUGAAGCAGAUCCAUACGAUGCUCCCAAAGUUUUCCUCUGCCCCAUUUAUCAGGAUAUAAUGAAGAACCCACACGUGGCAGCAGAUGGAUUUUCGUAUGAGCUAGAAGCCAUAGAGGAAUGGCUGGCAACGGGGCACAAUACUUCACCAAUGACAAACUUGCGACUCAAGCACACACAGCUCACACCUAAUCACACCCUACGUUCACUCAUUCAGGAUUGGCAAAGUAAAAGAUCAACAACUGCCUUCCGACUACACUAAUUUCUUUUGUAUUUGUACCAAACAAAGAGUAAAUCAAGUUCUCUCUCUUUUUCUUUU